ACCAUGCACACCUGGACAAAUGGCUCCAAUUGUUCAUUUAACUGUAGCUGGGAUCAUAAUACGACUUUCUGGAGCGGCGAACAUCCAGUAAACAAUUUUCCUAUUCCAGUGUUGACCGGGAUUUCUAUCAUAUGCUCUUUUUUAUUUGUCGUCGGGGUUGCAGGGAAUUUAAUGACCAUCUUGAUGGUCGCCAAGUACAGGGACAUGCGUACGACCACAAAUCUUUAUUUAUCCAGCAUGGCAUUGUCGGAUCUUCUUAUAUUCCUUUGUAUGCCUUUAGACUUAUACAGAGUCUGGAGAUAUCGUCCCUGGUAUUUCGGCGAUCUCCUUUGCAAAUUGUUUCAGUUUGUCAGCGAGGGUUGUACGUAUUCGACCAUCCUGAACAUCACCGCUCUGAGCGUGGAGAGAUACUUCGCGAUUUGCUUUCCUUUCAGGGCCAAAGUUGUGGUCACCAAAGGGCGCGUGCGGGGAAUUAUCCUGAUUCUUUGGGUGGUGUCAUUGUUAAGUGCGGGACCAGUGUUCGUCCUAGUUGGUGUUGAACAUGAAAACGGAACCAACGCAUGGAUUACAAGUGAAUGCACUGCGACUAAGUACGCUAUACGAUCUGGACUUUUUACCAUAAUGGUGUGGGUAUCGAGCAUUUUCUUCUUCUUGCCCGUGUUCUGCCUCACUAUUUUAUACAGUCUUAUUGGACGCAAGCUCUGGAGGAGACCAAACAUAUCUAGUCGAGACAAAAACAACAAGCAGACUGUGAAGAUGUUGGUUGUGGUAGUGUUUGCAUUUGUACUUUGCUGGCUACCUUUUCACGUGGUUCGUUACCUGAUAUCCAAGUCGUCCGAGACUGGGUCUCCGAUGAUGGCCGACAUCACGCAGUAUUGCAGCCUAAUUUCCUUCGUACUCUUUUAUCUGAGCGCUGCCAUCAACCCCAUACUCUACAACAUCAUGUCAAAGAAGUACAGGGUGGCAGCAUGCACUCUGUUCGGCGUUAAGAAAAUCCCACGGCGAACAGCGUCCUCAGUCAAGGACGAAAGUUCACCAGGAUUGACGGAAUCAAGUGUCAGCUUGUGACUGCGACUCCAACCUUGGCGUGAUUCAUCUUUGCACAUUUAUGUGGAAAUUAUAAUCCAUGCUAAGAAAGUAUGUUUUUUCUUAAUCGGAUAUGCUGGAGGAAUACCCAUUUACAAACGUGACAUCUGUCUACCUCACUGAUUGUUUUUGAAAGCCCAGAAAUACCAUGACCACUAUUCAUUUUCUUAUUCAACUGUAGUUGAUUUAAAUUAAAUCAGUCACUUAAUUCAAAUCAUUCUUCAGCAAGCGAGAUGGGCAGAGUAUUGUAUGUCUCUCUUUCACAUGUCUGUCUCUCUCUCUCUCUCUCUCUCUCUCUCUCUCUCU